AUGCUUCUUUCUUUCCUCGGCGCCCUCUUAGGGUAUUGGACCAUCCUCAAGCAUACGUCGCUCGUUACGGGGGCCUUUGCCUCCGCCUUUGCCAGUGCACAAUCGCCCAUCGUCGGCACCCCGGAAGCAUUGAACCCCAAGCUCACCAACACUAUCGGAAAUGACACCAUCACGCUCUACUACAAUGGUUCUGGGCCAGUCCCCGGCUAUGAUGGCCGUUCACCAAUCCCGCAGCCGAUUACGCCCCUGACGACAGCGUUGAUUGAAGAAUCCCUCCUUCGGGAAUUGAUCUCGAUAGCGACGACAUCAUUCUAUCCCGACAAUUGCUCCAAAUGUAUCGCUGCAGCACAAAUGCUCCAUGUGGCAGCCAUCAGUCAACCUGUCUCUCUUUUCACCAGGGUAUUGGUCCGAGCCUGCAACAGUCUUCCGUUCAUCAAAAACGCCAUCCGAGCUUCGUCCUGCGAGUCCGAGUUCAGCGGCAUUGCCGGAUUUGGGCCGUAUCUCGCCCAACUAUUUUCCAAAAUGAGUCUGGCCACCGGUGACAUGCACACUCUGUGUGCUGCUCAAUAUCACAUUUGCGAUGAGUUGCCUCCCAUCCAGAUUGACGAAAGCCUGUAUUUUGAUCCCAAACCGGAGUCGGCCAAGAUCGCACCCGAGCCUUCUGGCAAGACGAUCAACGUUCUUCAUCUCUCAGAUUGGCAUCUUGACCCUCGCUACGACAUUGGUUCAGAAGCCAAUUGUACAGAAUAUCUCUGCUGUCGUCCUUAUGCGCGAAAUGAAGAACUCGACGCGAAUUCCCGACACCCUUCCGUCCCGGCCUCGAGAUUCGGUUCUUUCUUCUGCGACUCACCGGCUGAUCUAGCUCUCUCAGUUUUCACCGAUAUGCCCGACUUCUUCAACGUGGAUGAAAUCGCCUUCAGCAUCUUCACCGGCGACAUUGUAUCUCAUGACCCGGAAGAUGCGUUAUCUCGAGCGUACGUAUCCUACGAGGAAGAAGUGACGUUCCGCAUCUUUCAGAAAAUGCUCGGUGACCAAAUCCCCGUGUAUGUCGCACUCGGGAAUCACGACUCCCUGCCCGUUGGCUUCAAUACGCAGCAGUCCAUGGACCCGGACCCGUCCAAUAGCAGUAGCAACAUCAUCCAAUGGAACUACGACCUCGUUUCGUCCCUGUGGUCCAAACAUUCCUGGCUCAACGACUCCGAAGCCGAAUUUGCACGGACUCAUUACGGAGCAUACGCCACGACGACGGCGCAGGGUCUGCGGAUUAUCUCCCUCAACUCUGACUUCUGGUACAAAGCCAAUAUUUUCAACUAUUGGAACGUAACGAACCCGGACACCAGCGGGAUCUUGAAAUGGCUGGCCGACGAGUUAUCCGCCUGCGAGAAAAGAGGACGGCGAGCCUGGAUCAUCGCGCACGUUCUCACCGGGUACGACGGUUCUUCGCCCCUGCCCAACCCCACCGCACUAUUCUAUACGAUCGUCCGACGGUUUUCACCUGCCACUAUUGCGGCGAUCUUUUUCGGACACACACACCAAGACGAAAUCCAAAUCUUCUACGACUACCUUCCCGCCUCCCUGUCCACCGGUGACGGCACAGACAAACCCCUCCUCCGCGACACGACCCAAGUCGACUUCACCAAGCCUCUACAAAUGGCGUACAUUGGGCCCAGCGUCACGCCCCUGACGGGCUUCAACGCCGGGUAUCGCGUGUACCAGAUCGACGCGCAGACUUUCUCGGUCAUGGGCGCCCAGACCUACUUUGCCAAUAUGUCCAAUAGUCUCCGCUGGACACGGCCCGAAUGGGAAUUCGAAUAUGAUUCGCGACAGACGUAUAGCACCGACGCCGACACUGACAACGCCGAGUCCGACGUCGAUUCGGAUGCCGAUGCGGAUUCAAGUAUGAAAAGCAAACAUCCUGGUGUCCCCUGGCCCAGCAACGCGCCCUUGAACGCGACCUUCUGGCACCGCGUGACGGAGAAGAUGCUCUCCAGCUCUGAUUCGUCUCCAUCAACAUCAAAAUCUCUUUCACUUUUGGACCUGUACAACAAAUACGAGACGAAAUCCAGUAAUUCGCCGACAUAUCGAGGUAGCAGCGCCAAUAGUCCGGAACAGAAAGUUUGUUUCAUUCGCGCUGGAUCGGGGACCUUGGGGACGAAGUGUCGAGAGAGCUUUGGCGGUGCGGAUGCGAGAAGGAUGCAUCGGGAGAGGGCGUUCGGGUUGGCUUAA